AGUAAUUUCCGAACUGCGUUUUUGCGCCUAUGCCUUGAAGGGCAUUUCGGGAAGAGGGCGCCUUUUGUUGUGUUUGUUUAGAGUCCAAAAUAGUAAUCUUUACUCCAUCCGUAGUAACAGCAAAUGCGAUUCUCGCGAUAUUUGCGACAGUCAAGACUUCCGGAUAAUGAUAGUGCGCGGAAAGAGGAUCUGAAUCGACGGACUGUAAUAUAACUCUUACAAAUGGGAAUUAUGCGUAAAGAAAUAGUAAGAACAGUGCUGUGACCGUUUUAUUUUUAGCGGGUUUAACAGAUAGUUUUGUGUUUUAAUUGUAUUGUGUGAGUAUAUUAUAAGUGCACACACUACGCAGCAUUUACUUUGUUGAUCGUAAAAGGAACUGGCGUGUUUCCUCAAGAAAGCCACUGAAUGUCGCUUUCACGAAACGCACAGGUUUCACGGUGAGAGAUAUGGAUUAAAAAUCGUCGAAAUGAUCCGCCACGUUUGCGUAGGGGCGGUUUUGAUGCUGUUAAUCAACAUCGAGGGGACAUUCUGCUUAUAUCCGCCUCAGGAUGUCAAGUUAGUCGGAUCAUAUCUGCAGUGGAAGAAGCCUCCGGAUGAAGACAGUGUGCUGUAUUUACUGCAGUAUAAACAUGGCUCCAAAUCAGACGAUGAAUGGUACAAUGUGAUGAGCCAUAACGAGACCGAGUCAAGAUUUAAAAUCACUCCCGAGUUUUAUGGAGCAGUAUUUCGAGUACGCGCAGAGAAAGGGAACAUCAUGUCUGAAUGGCAAUAUUCAAAGAAAGUCCAGUGUGUAAAUGCUAACGCUUGUGCUCCUGUGAUGAAACUGUCUGUAAAACCUGAAAAGGCUUAUGUGACUUUGGAAAAUAUGGACGAGAGCUUGGAGAAAGAACAUGGAGAAAAUAUACAAUUUAAUGUAUCAUUCUGGAAAGUGGAUAAUGGAGGAUACUCGAAGGUAGAGUUUAUUAUUACAAAUAGCAGGAAACACAAACUUGAACUGGAAUCAGGGCAAACCUACUGUUUCCAGGUUCAGUAUCUCUUCUAUGAAAAGCCUUAUGGAAAUGUUAGCAACCAAAGUUGUGCAAUCAUCCCAGAAACGCUGGAAAUGAUAAAGAGCCGUGAUUUGCUGUUUAUUAUAUUAACUACACUGCUUUUUACGGCCAUGUGUGGAGUCUGCAUUUUUCUGCUAUUUAGACACCACAAAAAGGUCAAACAACUGUUACAGCCACUCCGCCUGGAAAUUCCUGACCAUUAUCUAGAGUUUUUAAGGUCUGGGGAUGGGGAGUUUCCUCUGCAGGCAUGUCCAAGUCCCAGCAGUCAAAGUUUACAGUCAUGUGACAUGAUCAUAGUAAUAGAGAACAGCAGUGUGAAGCAGAAAGGCCAAGAAGAGGAACACGUUUUUUAACUUAAUGAUUGUGUUUGGCUUUAUGCAUAUAGAAUGUGCAUUUACUUUUUUGGGGGGUAAACAAUAUGCUUUGCACAUCACUAACAAACUAUGCUUACAAAUUCAAAUCUGUACUGUGUAAGUACAGAUUUUUUAAAA